UAAUUGUAAUAUCUCUUUCUCAAAGCAUGAAAAAAAAAGUUUUCUGCCCAUAACAUGACAAAUUGUUAAACCUUAUCAAGAAAGAUCAGAGAAAUAUUAAAUUGACGUGGCAGAGCAUCAUCGUGUGGGCGUGGCUUAGCAUUGUCAACAUCCUGAUGACAUAACUCGUACCCCAAAAUGGCGACGGUGGACCAGAGAGAAGGUCAGGACGACCCGGAAAGCGAAGAUGAGGUGUAUGAGGUGGUGGAUCUGACAGAGUACGCCCGGAGACACCAGUGGUGGAGCCGAGUGUUUGGCAACAACUCCGGCCCGAUUGCUGAGAAGUAUUCCGUGGCUACUCAACUCAUGAUGGGUGGGGUGACUGGAUGGUGUGCUGGCUACCUCUUCCAGAGGGUUGGGAAGGUGGCAGCUACUGCGGUUGGAGGAGGGUUCCUUCUGUUACAGAUUGCCAAUCACAGCGGCUACGUGCAAGUGGACUGGAAAAAGGUGGAAAAGGAUGUGAACAAAGCAAAAAAGCACCUGAAGAAGAAAGCAAACAAAGCAGCCCCUGAAAUAAACACAUUCAUUGAGGAGGUAAAGGCCACAGAUUUUAUAAAGCGGAACAUCGUCCUGUCCAGCGGAUUCGUCGGUGGCUUCUUCCUUGGAUUGGCAUCCUAAAGCUGCAGCUUUCAUUUGACUUUGAUCUCAUCACAACAUCGCUCACUUUGCUCUCCACUGUUUACCUCUUUACCCCAUGCGUCUAUUGACUCAUCGCUCAGGGGAGGGUUCUGUUGAACAUUUAAGCAUGAUCUGUUGUGACUUAUUAGAUGUGCAAGCGACCCCCUUUAUAAUAACUCUUGUUUGGAAUCAUCUGCACGAUUUACAGUUUGCAUUUGUUUGUUCAAUAGAAAUUUGGGGAAGUUUGACUUUACUGUGAAGAAUUCUCCUUAUGGGACCCUUUGUGAAUCUUAUUCCACGCUGCUGAAAAUGUCAGUCGCGAACCGGCUCAUAUUUCUCUGGGCUCGCAGUUUAUUUGGUGGAUUCUGAAUGCAGACUUGAAGCAUCUGCAGGCACCAUUGUAAAUAUGAAUAAUAAAUAUAAUCCUAAUUUAUUUCCAAUGUGCGCUGAAGGAUUGAUAUGAUAAAACAUGAUGAAUGGGGGUUACUGCCAGCCCAUCUCAUUAAUGUUUAGACAGAUGAAGCUAACAGCACUUGAUCUAAAGGUUUGUCAUGCUGACAGUUGAACAGGAAAAUGCUUUUGCUUUCACAACAGGAGCCUUAAUAGAUACACGUGACAAGGUUAAUUAUGAAAUGAAAUCAUCUCUGCUCUACAGAUGAUACAGUAUGGAAGUAAACCUUUUACCCCGACAUCUCCACAAUGGUCUUUAAAGGUAGAACAACCAUGUGAUGCACCCUCAUUGCCAAAAUGACAGGCAAUGCACGAAUUAAAACACUACUCUGGUCAUUAAAGAGCAUAAUGGAGCAGUGCUUAUGAGUCAUGAGCUCUCCCUAUUACUAAUGUAUUUUAGUGUCUGUGUAGCAGCAACAAAACAGCAGGGCAGCUGAGUCGUGCUUCAUUCUUUUAAUGACCCACAUCACAAAUUCAGUUCUGUUGAUCACGUGUCACACUGUUUAUGCCUUGUUCCGGCAGUGCAAUAUGCUCUUCAAAUACAACUUUGAACUCAGUUAUAGUUUGUCAUGUGUUAAACUCGGAUAUUAUUAUUAUUUUUUUACCAUUUCUUUCUAUUUAACGUUGUUUUGAUAACCGUGUUUGAGCUGUAUACAUUUGGUUUGUGGCUCUUUUGGAGCAAAGUUGCCUGGAUUUGUUUUCUGUGACAGUAAAAAAAUAAAUUAAAACAAGGAUAUUUUUGUUGCAUUUGCUCAUUAACGAAAGAUUUGAGAUCUGUUAAUACAAUUUACCAUAAGAAAAAGAUUAUAAAAGGAACAUUCAUACAACGCUCAAGUAAAAACCCACCAAAAUACUCAACAAGAAAUGUAAAACAAUUAAUUGCAACCAUGUCCUACAUAAUUUUAUACAGACUUUUUUAAAACUUUUAUUUACAACUACACAUAAAAAAAACAAACGAUUGAAAUAUGAAUACAUAAGCAUUUACAGAAUGGGGUGGGACCAGAGCAUGUGGCACACCUUGGAUAUUGAAUUUUUAGUUUUAUUAUCCUGUAGUUUUCUUUGUUAAAGACACGUACGGUCAUUUUGUUCAGAACAUUUGCAUAUGAAAAAAGUUCAAUAUUUUUGAGGAGUUGAAUGCAUUUGCAAGGAGAUGGUUUGGUUGCUGGAAAUUGUCCAUGCUGCCAUGCUCAUAUGGGCAUUUUGAGAAGGGCACAUUCGGUCAGCAGGGUCAGGAUGGCGGUCACGUAUCUGCUACUGGACAUCUUAAUUUUGCCACUUGACUUUGCGGAUCCCAGGGCUGUGGACACCUGAUCCAGGGCCCCUGCUGACAAGUCCAGCCUAAAGUGUCUGUAAAAGUGACUUUUGAGCCCCUGCAUGAACCUCAUCACCUCCUCAAAGUCAAUACAGUCUGCCUCCUCUGCUCCGUCCCCCUUCUUCUGUGAGGGGUUUCUCACGCUGCUCCACAGCUCCCAGGCAUCGUGGGGGUUAACGGUGUAGGUUACUUGAAGCGGUGGCACAACUGGGAGAGUCCAAAGCAUUUUCAGAUGCUGGAUGUCGGACUCUGUGUGACAAUUAGUCCAUAAAGCUGCAAACCACUGUAAACUGGUAUGGCUGAUUUCCAGAGGGGCAAAGGAGCAGUCGAAUGUCCUCUGAAACCAGGAUUUGACCAACGAGGACAGAUUUUCGACCCCUCUGCUGCCAAAGAGCGGCAGACAGGUGAAGUCUUUGGGAAGUGACUGCAGGUAUUCUGGGUUUCCAUUUAUGCAGGUUAGCAAGCCGCUCCAGACUGACUUCUUUGGCUCAUCCUGGCUUGCAAACAACGGCUUUGAAUGGAUCUGAAUCAGAACAGUCUCUGCAUCAGCGUCUGCCUCCGUCAUCCCCUGGACCACAGACAAGGAGACUUUGAAGCUGUUCUGUGGUCCCCCCACCUCCACUGCCAGACCUUGCUGCCUCUCUGCUGCAAUAAACGCAGACAGCUGUCUGGCGUAGCUCUUUAGCUGUGUGUGUCUGAACUGGUAUAGAGGAGUAACGUAGAAAAGCUGCCACUCUGUUUUCACCAGCAAAGCCAGGUGCUCCGGAGUCACUUUCUCCUUUAGAUUGUGUGACCUCGGAGCCUUUCUGCUGGUGUUGAGCCUCCGAGCGGUCAACGCGGGAGUUAGGCCGAGCCUCGAAGCAGCACCUAGGCAGCUGCGGUAGGAAAGCCGAUAACUCCUGCUUUUGCUCCUCCGCUGAACUACAACGCUUGUGAGAGGAGUCCUCGUCACACUGGUAUGCGCCCUCUCCAUGUCUUUCGAACGGAUCGAAGCAAAGGAUUAAAAAAACAGAAAACAAAAAUCCGGAAACAAA